UAGUGAUCCAAUCACAUCUUAGAACGAUCUGGGUGAGAUGUGACAAGCUUUACAGGAAGAGAACAGGAGUUGUUGUAAUUAUGUGCCUGCUGCUUGGGGCCCCUGGUGUUGGGAAGACUCUGCUGAUGAAAAGGUUGCAAAAGCUCAACUCUAGGGAACAAGCAGAUCUUACAGAUGUUCCUCCCACACUGUCCACGGUUGGCACUAAUCUGACAGACCUGACCUUCCAGAGGAAGAGGGUGACUAUGAGAGAAGUCGGAGGCUCCAUGGGACCUAUCUGGCCCAGUUAUUACAAGGAUUGCCGGAGAGUGCUGUUUUUGGUGGAUGCUGCUAACCCAUGUCAGGUAUCUUCCUCUUGUAUCCAGCUCCUGUCAGUGCUUUCUGAUCCGGAUCUGGCUGCAGCUUCAGUCCUGGUUAUUUUUAAUAAAAGGGACCUGCCAUGCUGCAUGUCAUUGGUAGAACUGAAAUCCUUGUUUAGAAUGGAAGAAAUUAUUUCCUGUUCCACACAGCCAAUCACAGUGCUGGAAACAAGUGCUCGGGAUGGUACUGGAUUGAGGGAAGUUCUGCAGUGGCUGCACUCUUCUCAUGGGCACUAAUUUGUCUAAGCAGAUAUAAAUUAGAAGUCUUUUAGCACACAUAGCAAGCUUUCUCUGGCUAGAUCAGAGUUUAGAGACCAAGCAAAAUAAGCACUGCACCGGACAGAAAAAGUAUGGUAUAUUAAUGACCUGUAUUGUUUACUUAUUUGUUUGUAUAUGUAUAUGAAUGUUUAUAUUUAUUGACUUUUAUUUUACACUUAAAAUAAUAAAAAUAUUUUGUUAAUAUA